CUUUGGAAUAGAAUACGCAGGGAGAGAAGCGUAGAGCAUGAGUCUUGAAAAGAUUUAUUUCUCUUUAUGCUCUUCGGUUCUGCGUUUUCCAUCCAAUCCAACUCUAUGUUACAGAGAAAAAGGGGAGAGACGGAAGCGUUAGGGUUUCGCUUGGUUUUCGUUUCCGUUGAUUUUUGAGGUCUUUUUCUUUUCCCUUCUGUCGUAUACUCGAAAUCUCAUAGAAAUUUCAGAAUCAUUAAAGAAGUGCGGAGCAGAGGUAGAAGAGAAUAGCAGAGAAGACCUUAAGGCUUUAAGCAGAGCAGAGCAGUUCAUUUGUGAACGGAGAUUUCUUCUAUGUCGCGCAAUUAUCAGUUUUUCUGUUAUUUGAAGUCCUCAUCGCUGAACUUCAAAUAGGGAGAAAAGGCCAAUGAAUUUUCAGACGCUUCUGCUUUCUAUUCUACCUGUUAUCAGCGUCUUGUUCAUCUCAAUUCGAGUCAUCUCCCAUUGAAGAUGAAUUUUCACCACAGAAAUCUGCUCCUAUGCUUCGUGAUUUCCUUUUUCCCUUUAAUUGCCUCUGAACACUUAUCCCCCUGCAGCUCAACAUGUGGCUUAGUCAAAUUCCCCUAUCCGUUAGGAUUCUCCAAAGAUUGCCCAAUCAGUUUGAAUUGCACCAACGGGGAGGCUUUCAUCGGCGAGUUUAAAGUCAAAAACGUUACUUCGGACAGUAUCUUGGUCCAUCUACCGCCUAAAUGCAAACGUCCGAUCGAGAAUCUGAAACAGCUCUUCCAAGCGAACUACGCUCUGACUUGGCAAAACGGGCUAUUGUUAGAGAACUGUACUUUGCCGGUGAACGGAUGCUCGAUUCCGGCCCCGCUGAUGGAAAUUCAUUUUGAGAAGCAAGUUUGCUCCAAAAAUAGAACAAACAUAAAAUGCUUUGCCAAGGGAGGGAAGGAUUUCAUGAAAUAUGAUGACGUGAAUGAGGUUAAUUGUAAAUACUUAUUCUCGUCCAUCGCAAUUGAUUCGAAUAGUAACUCCUCCUCUCUCUCCCUCGAGUUUCAGACGGUUCAGGUCGGUUGGUGGUUAGAAGGUAAGUGCGAUUGUUCUAAGAAUGCGAACCUGACGACAUUCAAAAUACCCAACAAUGGGACUGGAUGCCGUUGUCAAUGCAACAAGGGAUUCGAGGGAGAUGGGUUCAAAGCCGGUGUCGGUUGCCGUAAAGUCAAAUGCAAUCCUUCAAAGUACAUGUCAGGGCGAUGCGGAGGAACCACCAGAGUUGUUGUCUUAAUUGGAGGCAUUAUUGCUGGAGCUUCUCUAAUGGCCGGGUUGUCUCUUCUCUGCUACUUCAUCCGAAGGCGAUUUACUUCGUUGAAAACCUGGAAGAGCAAACGCCUACUAUCUGAAGCUGCAGGUGGUCUGACUGUCCCUUUUUAUCCUUACAAGGAAAUUGAGAGAGCCACAAAUUGCUUCUCAGAGAAACAGAGGCUGGGAACUGGAGCCUAUGGAACAGUUUAUGCAGGAAAGCUUCACAAUGAUGAGUGGGUAGCUAUAAAAAAGAUCAGACACCGAGAUACUGAAGGAAUGGAACAAGUCAUGAAUGAGAUCAAGCUCCUUUCAUCUGUAAGCCACCCAAAUCUAGUCCGCCUCUUAGGUUGUUGCAUAGAGAGAGGUGAACAGAUCCUUGUAUAUGAGUUCAUGCCCAAUGGAACUUUAUCUCAGCAUUUACAAAGGGAAAGAGGUAAUGGUCUCCCUUGGACAAUUCGCCUCACCAUUGCAACUGAAACUGCUCAUGCCAUUGCCUAUCUCCACUCCACCAUGAACCCACCCAUUUACCAUAGAGACAUCAAAUCGAGCAAUAUUCUCUUAGAUUACAAUUAUAACUCAAAAGUUGCAGAUUUUGGUCUUUCUAGACUUGGAAUGACAGAGUCAUCCCACAUCUCAACUGCCCCACAAGGGACUCCAGGAUAUGUUGAUCCUCAAUAUCAUCAGAACUUUCAUCUCUCUGACAAAAGUGAUGUUUACAGCUUUGGGGUGGUUCUUGUGGAGAUCAUCACAGCAAUGAAGGUGGUGGACUUCUCUAGGCCCCACAGUGAUAUCAAUUUGGCUGCCCUUGCCAUAGACAGAAUUGGGAAGGGAUGUGUAGAUGAGAUCAUAGACCCAUUUCUUGAACCACAUAGGGAUGCUUGGACCCUUUCAUCCGUUCAUAAGGUAGCAGAGCUGGCAUUCAGAUGCCUUGCAUUUCAUAGGGACAUGAGGCCCUCUAUGAUGGAAGUGGCAACUGAGCUAGAAAAUAUAAGGCUAAGCGGGUGGGCCCCUAUGGAGGAGAAUGUCUGCAUGGAGUCUUCAGUAGCAUCCUCAUGCUCAUCACCAUCUAAUUUGAGUGAGAAGUCACAUGGGGUGGCUGCUAAGAAAGUAGGGCUAGGGAAUCAGAGACUGUUUGUGCCACAGAGAGAUGAAUGCAUAAUUUCAACAGAAAUGAAAGAUAAUUCACCCGUUUCUGUGCAGGAUCCCUGGUUCAGUGAACAGAGCUCCCCUUCAACAAACAGUUUGUUGGGUAAUGUAAUACACUGAACUGGAAGUUGUUGUUUCGGGUUUACAGUGGGUGGUUUCAUCUGAAUUUGUGAAUACAAGAGGUAUUUUUGUAAUUUGGUAUUUUUCUCAUUGCUCAAAUAUCUUUUAUGGGUCUGCUUUUCCUUUCCAAUUAGGAAGUUAUGACCUCCCUCUUAAUUAUUUUUAUUACAUUAAAAGAGAUGGACAAUAUUUGAAUUUUGAAAGAUGUAGAGACCAAUCUUAGGCACAUUAAAUGUAUAAGUGUGACAAUGUAAUGAGAAUUGCCCAACUCUCUCUCUCAA